AUGAACCUUCCCACACCAAUAUACUUCUGUUGGUGGGGGCUAGUCCAUCCCAACAUUCUUGACAGUGUUGGUUCAAGGAAGAAAUACUCACCAUCUGUCCCAUUAAGUGAGGAUUUUCCCCUUUCUUUAACGUACUUUACUUCAGCUACCCCGGUUUCCUUUAUAAAUUUAGUAAUAUCAUCAAAUGUGUAGUAACCCGGUUAUAGUGUAUGUUCUUCGUCUGCCUGUUUACCUGUUCUUACCAUUAUCGUAUCUUCUUUAAUAUUCAUAUACUCCCAGAAGACCGACACUCUUUUCAAAAAGACUGAAUUAUAGUUGCUUGUUAAUACCGAGUUCUGUAGCGGUACUACAGUGCGUGAACCCCUUAUAAAAAUUGUAAACUUCAUUCUAAUAACAUACGGUAGGUUAUUCGAAGAUGGACUACACUCUGAAGAAACGAAAACAUCUCUUACAUCCAGGUGAUCCCAUACAUGCUUCCGAUCACUACAGCAAGAGUAAGGAGUGGACUGAUUAUCAAAAACAUGGUGAAGUUGUGAAGGACCCUUAUUAUGCAAAUAAGAAAAAGCCCACUCCUGUAGUCCCGCAACAGAAAACAAAGGUUGUCACCCCUACUGGUAAGGCUAAGGUUGAGACACUUGAUAAUACCAGGAAUGGGUGGCCAUUGGUUUGCGCUUCAGGAGGUAACAUACCGGCUUUCACACAUUUGAGAGAACCUAAGCAUGAGUGGGGAAUUCACCACUACCCUACCUUCCAAAGUGCUGUUAAUUUGGGUUAUCAGAUUCAUAACUUCAAGGUAUACGUUUCUGACAACGAUUACUUUUACUCAAAGUUCACACCCAUUGGGCUUCAUGAUUGGAAAAAUAAGUCAAUGCUCUAUGAAAACAACAGGGGCACCGAUGAACUUCCGAGUAAUGUUGAGAUUAAUAUACGCACCGUUAGCAUGGACUUUGUAAAUGAAUCAUAUUUUGCUCAGAUAUGUUCCGCGUAUAUUGCAACCUUUCUGUGUGGUAUCUCUGUUAGGAAUCUGGAGUGGAAUGAUCAUACCCCCAAGCAGGUUACUUCAAUAGCUAGAUACCAUCUUUACUACACAAUGAGAAAGUUUAUUAAGAACCCUGAGCUGAUGAAAGCAUACGAUCUAAGUGGAAUGAAAGGAUAUCUUCCAGUCAGUAUUCAGUCUUUCAAUGGGGCCAGUUACGGAGGUGGAACAUAUAUGAAAGCUGGAUGGCUAAACUACUCGAAUUCCGAUCAUCUUCACUUCAUACCGUAUAAGUCGGACGGUAUCACACAGGUCGGAGUACAGUUGCUUAUGGAUAGUGUGGAAAGUUAUGUUUAUUCUGUGUUGGGAGCUCAAGCUAAAAUAAGGUGGAGUAUUGUCAGUAGUAAAUUAGGUAAGUCUCUCCAAACGCAACAGGCUUUCAGAAGAAUUGUUAAUGACACCGUGGUGCAGAUUAAUGUGAACGUUACUAUUAGCGAUAUGAGGACAGCUAUAAGGGGUGUCCCUUAAUGUGAUACUGAAUAUGGCAAUCAAUCCUAACAUAAUACUGAUCCCCUCUAGGCUAAUCAUUCUUGAAACGCCUAUUCCUGGAUAUAUAUACGUGACGUGACGAUCCGUGACGUGACGUGGCCGCGUGUCGUCACGCACGAAAGUGCUCUGCGUUUUUACGCAUUUUAAACUGAUUUCUGCACUUCCUUUAAACAAAUACAAUUUCAAGUGUUCCGUAAGACUUCCGUUCGAAGGAUUCUGAAGUUCGUAUAAAGUUUUUGUUUGUUUCUGUGUUGUUUUCGUGGACUUUUCUCAUUUGUUUUAUCGAAAUUGGAUUGUAUAAUUGUCAGUUGCUGUAUACACGUUAGUCAAUACGCCACGAGUAUGCUGACGACGGUGCGCAAGUUUAAACGUCGGAACAAAAUUGCGUGCGUAUCGAACAUUUAUGGAAUAGAUAUUGGAAACACUCGGAAUAUUUUCGACUGGAUAAAGAAUGGCGUGAACUGCUUUAUUCUUCUUAUGACAAUUCUCUGGUUGUGCUUUAAACUGAAACCAUCGUACAUUCCUGUCGAAACAACGCUAAAUGGCAUUGUUAUUCAUUCUGAACUUGCAAUUUUACCUGACAAACUGUGUUGUGUUUGGGCUGCUACUUGAGAUUUAAAACAAAGGCAAUUCAACUAUCCUUUAAACUAUCAAUACGAAAUAAAUCUGGCUGGUGAUGUGGCGACAAAUCCUGGUCCUUGUACUUCUUCAACUAGCAAUCGAACAGUAAAAUGUCUUUCUCUUAACGCAAGAAGUUUAACAAGCUUACAUAGUACAAACAGCAGUGAAGGUAAACGCAGUAACAUGGAACUCGUCCAGAAUUUGGUGUACUCCGAGGACAGUGAUAUUAUUUUUGUGAAUGAAACUUGGCUAAAGAAAGACAUCUGCGAUCUUGAAAUUCUGCACUCAGGUUAUUCUGUUUUUAGGAAUGAUCGAAAAACUCGCGGUGGUGGAGUACUGUUAGGCGUAAAAACAUCUUCCUUUAAAUCUGUGCAUGAAAUUAAAGACAAUUAUGAGCUAGAAAUCAUCUUGGCUGAAAUAACAACAGCUACAAAUAUGAAAAUAAUACUGGGUUCCUGCUAUCGUCCUCCAAAUGAAGACCAGACUUGGAUAGAACGUUUCAACAACUUUCUUGGUGAUAUUUGUUCAAGUCACCAACACAUUGUUCUCGCAGGGGAUUUUAAUCUUCCGCAAAUUUCGUGGAACUCACCAGAACAAACGACAGGUUUCUCUGAGAAUGCUUUUAUUGAAUUACUUAAUGACUACUUUAUGGUUCAACUCAACAACACCGCAACUAGAGAAAAUAACGUUCUCGAUCUCGUUACCACAAACAUUCCAAAACUGGUUAAAAUUAGCGAAAUUUUGUCCCCUGCUGAAGCAGAUAUCUUUACUGAUCACAGU